UGGGGUCUAGAGAUGGUGAUUUCCGAAAAAAACCGUUUUCUAGAACACCUAAUGCCCAUAAAAUUUCUUUCAGAUGUUUUUCAACCAUAUCAUUAGCCCCAUCUCAAGGCUCCGAGAUGUAGCAUAAGUUUUCUUCAUCGAAAUAUAUAGAACUCGAUGCGCUCUUUCAUUUGAUACCAACUUCAAGGUUCUACGUUAGGGAAGGUGGACCACUGCGGGGAUGAAAUGACUAUAACGUUUUGUUUAACUAGGCUACAGACUUGCGGUUUUCACCAUUCGGAUCAGCUUACUGAGCUCUAUAACAUGAGGUAGGUUUCGUCACUGACAUCAAAGACCGAUGUAAAUGGUGGUAAGUUUUAUAUGGGUUGAGUCUAUCCGUCAAUGCCGAAAACAUCACUCUCCAGUAGUAAUAUCCAUUGACUUUCCUUCAAAAUUGUUUCAUUCCGAGAAAAGUACGAAAAACACAUCACAAUGUGUUUUUCGCGACGUGAAAUAUUCGUUUCGCCCUACUUAUCUGUUUAAAACGUAUAAAAGGUUUAUAGAAGGCUUUUGCACUCUUAGGACAACUGUCAGAUAUUUAGAGAUCCACGGGGAUCUUCCCGAAUCCAUGCGGAGACACGGAUCUGCUUUUCCUCCCUUGAUUUCGCAGCAGUACGAAAAGAGAGAAUAAACUAUAUACACUUUUUUAAGUUUAUUCUUCGCACAACAUCAUUCUUAAACAGGUCUUUAUAAAAAUCGAUAAAUUUGAACUUUAAUAUUUGAAAAAUAGUUUGAUUUUCCAGUUCAAAGAACAAACAAAACCUCACUAUAAACAUGUUUUUAAAUGUAAACACUUGAGAAAAAUCUACGAUUAUUCCAAACUAUGGAUGUACUCGAGUAUACUCGAAUACAUAUUUUAUAUGAAUAUACAUACGUAUUUAUAUAUAUAUAAUACCCAUACCCUCUUGUCUCCAAUCGAAUUUGGAUGUUUAACAAAAUACAUUAUAUCUAAAAUUUAAUUUUUUUAAUUUUCAGGUAGUUAUAUUCAACUUCGUGAUCUAAAUUUACCACUUGCACAAAUUGAAAUUUAUGAUGAACAACAUCAUGAACAAUGUUUAAACUGUAAUUAUUCUAUUAGAGAAACAAAUUUAUUAAUAAUAGAUGAAAAUAGUUUAAAAUUAAAUGUUAAUUCUACAACUAUUGUUCAACUACUUACUCAUUUAAAUAAUUCAUCAUUAUUUGACUAUGACUAUGUUUCAAUAUUAAUACAUAUUGAUACAUGGAAAAAUUCAACACCCGCAAUUCAUUCAACAAAAAUUCUUCCAUUAAUAUUAUGUUUUGAUAAAAAUUAUUUAUUAACAAAAUCUGAUACGAUUUAUCUACAACUAGAUGAAAAUUUUGAAUUAAAUAAAACAAUAUUGUCUCAAAAUUCAUAUCAAUGUUAUCAAAAUAGAACAAAAUUAUUGACAAAUGUAAAAUAUAAUUUAAUUGAUAAAGACAAAACAUUUGAAAUUGACAACACAAAUAGUUUAAUUCUUGUUAAACAUUUGGAUGAAGAAGUAAAAAAAAUAUAUGAUUUAACAAUAAUAGAAACAUAUAAUUCAACUGAUCAAAUUAUGUCAACAAUAAAAUUCGAUACUUGUCGAAGAAAAGUUCGUAUAUUUAUCAUGGAUUAUUAUAAUGAGCCAGUCGUAUGUUUUACUCAACCGUAUUACAUAUUUCAUUUAUUAUCCAGUGAAAUUACAUAUGGUACAUUUAUUGGUAAUAUUCGUUCAUCAAAUGAUACAAUCACUACAUGUACUUAUUCAUCAUUAUCCAAUUUAGUAUUUAUUCAUCCACAAAAUGGUUCAAUAUAUUUAAAAUCAAAUAUUUCAUCAAAAUAUUUAUAUGAAUUUCAAAUUAAAGGUGAAGAUUCAAAAAUGCCAUCGUUAAAUAAUAUCGUAUCCAUACGAUUGAUAAUUGAAUAUAUCAAUCAAUAUGCACCAAAAUUGUUAUAUCCAAAUAAUGAAAAUGAAUUAAUAUUUCAUAUUCCAUCAAAUUUAAUUGGUAAUGAUAAUCAGAUGUUUCUAUUUCAAAUGAAAGGAUAUGAUCCAGAUAAUUAUGAGAAUGAAAAUCAAACUAUGACUAUACCCACAAUUAAAUAUUAUCUACAUGAACCAACAUAUUUAUUUAAAAUAAAAAGAUUUAAUGGAAAAAUAUUUAUAAAUUUAUCUCAAAAAAAUAUUUCUUCAACAUACAAUUUAACCGUUAUACUAAUUGAUUAUGGACUACCUGUAUUAACAACAAAUUAUACAUUCAUUAUUCAUUUUAAAUUUGAUAAACAAGAGAUCAAAGAUGCCAUUAAAUCAUCAAUGUCUAAUGAAUUAACAUUAUCAUCAUCAAAUUCCUGGAUACUUAUUUUAAUAUGUUUUUUUAUCAUUAUAACAUUAUUAUCAACAAUGAUUACUAUUUUAAAUUGUGUUCGACGUACAUCAUUAGAAAAACAAAAAUUAAACAAAAAUAACGGUAAAACAUGGAAAAAUGGAUCGAUUG